AAAUUUAUACCGCAACCACAUCUUUUAAUAAACGAUGCGUUGCCGCAGCGCAUUCGUUCACGAAAAUUAAAACGCACAACAGCUGAUAAAGUUAUUGCGUAAUACAUUUCGGUAAGUGAAUCAAGCAGAAAAAAAGUUCCCUACUUCCCCCUUUGUAUAUCGAAGCAGAUGCAAUAAGAUAACGGUUCCAGGUGCGAAUCAACACGCCUAGGUAACCGCUACCGUCGCAGAUUAAAUUCCGACCGUAUAGGGCAGAGGACCAUAUUCGUGAGCUCAUGGCUAACGGGUCUCCCGGAGGCGUAUACGACACAAUAACAAGAUCUUGGCGCGCUCCUCCAUCAUCUCAUCAUUCUUGGAGCGGCUUUAGUCCAGAACCGUACGCGUCACAAAAGGCACAAGCAAUGAGCAGCUACUCGAACAUUGCGAGCGAAUCGCGACCCAAGUUAUCUCCAAGAUCACCGAAAUUCGGAGAAUGUGGAACAACCGAGUGUGUGAAACUAGGUGUCAGUUAUAACCGAUUGGCCGCCAUAUCAAGUGGAACCACCAGUUGUUUACCACUAAUCGAACUGCCAAAGAAGAAAGUCGAUUUCAGUUCGGCAGAGGCUAUUAUACGACCCCUUUCUAUCCACGAUGAGCCUUGGUCGAACCUCAGCGCCGAACUAACCAGACGACAGAGCACGUCGUCUGACGUCAUCGUUGUUAGACAGGAUGUCGUCAUGCAGCCUCCGAUGCCUGUCGCAGUUGAACGACGUGGUCGAAUGGUUCAAAUUCAACGCCACUUUAAGAAAGCAUUCACUCGUCUCCGCAAGGUUUUCACCCAACCUUCUGACGCAACAACAAUAGACAAAUCUGAAGCCCCGGCUGCUGCGAUUUUGCCUGGCGUCAGACAACGAUCUCUGGUUCGACGCGAUUCCAGUGUAACGCACGCCAAACGACUGGCAGCCAAACGUAAGCGUCCUAAUGUGACGCAGACUGAACUUGCCGAUACGGAAUGGAUCCGCCAGUUUCAGUUGCAAAAAUUAAGCGCAGAAGGCGAGCCGGAUAGCAACGAAAUUACGUCUGAAUUGCAGGAAAUUUUCGAUCAAUUAACGGUGAGCGCCAACAAGAAACCAAGACUCGAUUCAACAGAACCUUACGUUUGCCGAAUCCGUUCCUGUUGAUUGGGUAAUGUGGUCUUUUCAAUUCCGAUCGCGUACGAUUGAAUAUUGGAGGCACUUUGUAUUAACUUGCACAUUUGAUUGAUGUUACUGUUCGGUUAGUAUCGCCCAUUCCUACCUCAUUAUUAGCACAUCUUCAAAAACAACAACAAAAUUGCACUCAUUUUUCGAAAUUGAUUAUUCGUAUUAUUAACAGUUAUGCUUAACCAGCAAGUCAAACGAAGCGAGACAGCGCAAAGUUAAUUCGUUCAAAAACGACGCAAUUGCUUCGAUGAUUAUGUCUUUGUGAUAAGCGUUAAAGUGUGUGCUUGCUCUUGAAUCCAAAUUGCGUUGUGAUUUCAUUGAUUGUCUCCGAUGAAACGAUUGUGCGUGUUAGUCAUGAUUAUUGUUAGUGAUUAUUAAUUGUUUGUUUUUUUUUCCGUUUUAUUAAACACGCUAUAAAGUUUCUAGAAACAAGGGGAAAAUUUGAACAA